CUUUCUCUAACGUUUCCGUUCCUUCAUUGGAGUUAGGACCAUUUUGGAACAUAGAAGUUGUCGUCUGUACAUAAUUUGUAAGCUCUUUCCGGUUGUUUGUCGGGAGGAGUAUAGGUCUUAAAGAUGGGGGCCUACAAGUAUGUACAGGAACUGUACCGUAAGAAACAGAGUGAUGUUCUGAGAUUCCUUCUUCGCAUCCGUGUAUGGCAAUAUCGACAGAUGACCAAGAUGCACCGUGCACCUCGAUCUACAAGACCUGACAAGGCACGGCGCCUUGGGUACAGAAAUAAGGAAGGUUUCUGCAUUUUCCGCAUCCGGGUGAGGCGUGGUGGUCGAAAGCGUCCGGUCCCAAAGGGAGCCACAUAUGGCAAGCCCAAAAGCCAUGGAGUUAACCAGCUGAAACCUGUCAGGAAUCUGCAAUCUGUUGCUGAGGAACGAGUUGGUCGUCGCUGUGGUGGACUCAGGGUCCUGAACUCCUAUUGGGUGGCACAAGAUUCCACUUACAAGUACUUUGAGGUCAUCUGCGUUGACCCAUCUCACAAGGCUAUCCGGAGGGAUCCCAAGGUGAACUGGCUGGUGAAUGCAGUUCACAAGCACAGGGAGCUGCGAGGCAAGACCUCUGCCGGCAGGAAGUCCCGAGGGCUGGGCAAGGGCCACAGGUUCUCUCAGACCAAGGGUGGUUCCAGGCGUGCUGCGUGGAAGAGGCGAAACACUCUUCAGCUCCACAGGAAGCGUUAAUUGUUUGUUAUUUUACAUGAAUAAAACUAUUUCAUAAA